AUGAUUGUCAAAGCACAAACCGAAGAUGAACAUGCCGAGAAUAUGAGAAAACGCCUUCAAAUAUUAAGAAAGUUCCAGCUGAAACUGAACCCCAACAAAUGUACCUUCAGGGUAACAUCUGGAAAGAUAUUAGGCUUCGUUGUCAGCAUGAUAGGUAUCAAAGUCGAUCCAGAUAAAGUUAAAGCCAUCCAAAAUUUACCUCCCACACAAGAACAGAAAGAGGUUCGAGCCGUUGAAUCUCCGUUCAAGGACCAGUGGAACACCGCCCCGGAACUGCCAACGCCGGUCACAAGGCUUCUUUCAUGCAAAAACGCUGGCAAGAUAAUAUUCCAAGAAUACGGAGUUUUUGCCAUUGAUCUUAGUAAACGGGUUAAGCAGAGUCUUCACUCACAUAUGGCUGAUUUGGUUCAAAGAUUAUCCAAGAAAAGGAGCGUGGAAAAGGAAAAGGAAAAAGAUAUGGAAAAGGGUCAAAAACACAUUGAUCAACUUAGCAACCUACCAGACUCCAUUAUUUGCCACAUCCUUUCCUUUCUCCCCACCAAAUUGUCAGUUGCCACCAGUAAUUUUUUAACCAACUGUCAAGCUCAAAAUGUGUACCAGUUUAUCAUAGACUUUAAACCUUUCUUGGAAGUGGAUGAAGAGCAUCUUGGUAAAUGGGUUGCUGCUGCAGUUGAAAGGAAUGUUCAAGAGCUGAAACUCAGCCUCAAAUUUUCACAUGUACCAACGGUUAGACUGCCUGGUCGUUUAUUUGCUUGCAGAACACUCGUAUCUCUCAAGCUGAUUGAUAAUAUUUUCAUUGAUCUUCGUGAAAAUGUUUGUUUACAAAAUCUAAGGACUCUGCAACUGGAGCGAUUACACUACGCAAAUGAAGGGUCUUUCAACAUCCUACUUUCUGGUUGUCCAGUUCUUGAGGACUUGGUUGUUGAGAGGAUUUUGGAUGAUGGGAUUCUUGAUAUGGUCAUCAAUGUUGCUUCAUUGAAGAGACUGAAUCUGAAGAAUUAUGAAGCUAAUGAUCACGGUUUACUGAUCAGCGCUCCGCUCUUGGAAAGGAUAGAGCUGUCGCAGAAUGUUUUGAAUUUUAAUGUUUUGAAUUUUCAGAUUGAUUCUUCCAGCUUGGUGGAAGCAAUCAUAGAUAUCCAUGUAACAUGUGAGCCCAUUGAAGCGUUCGCUAAUCUUGAAUUUCUGUCUUUAUCAGAAUAUGCCUUAGAUGGUAUGGCGUUUCAUGAGUUCCAUAAUCUGGUAUGCCUGGAAACUACAACAAGCUGUGCAAAUUGGGAUGAUCUGGAAGAGUUGCUUCACGGCUCAAACAAUCUCAAGACCUUGGUAUAUCACAUUGAAGUACCAAUACUCCACAGGGGUCACAACUGUGAUAAGUCAUUUUCGAAGACUGUUCCGGUGUGUGUGUCUGCGAGUUUGAAGGCCCUUAAACUGACGGGAUUCAUCAAUCAAAACUGUAACUGGACAUUCAUUCAAUAUAUGCUGAAGAACGCCAAAUUCUUGGAGGAAGUGAAGAUCAGGACUUCCUCGAUGUUGAAGAAACGACGCAGCCAUAUUAGAAACAUGUUGAACUGCCCUAGGGCCUCAACAGAAUGCCAGAUUCGUUUUUUCUUGGACUCGACAGGCGAAGAAUAUCGGUUGUGA